AUGUCAGGACGCGGAAAGCAGGGAGGCAAAGCUCGGGCCAAGGCCAAGUCGCGCUCAUCCCGCGCUGGCCUUCAGUUCCCCGUGGGGCGAGUGCACCGCCUGCUGCGCAAAGGCAACUACGCCGAGCGAGUCGGGGCCGGCGCGCCAGUGUACCUGGCGGCCGUGCUGGAGUACCUGACCGCGGAAAUCCUGGAGCUGGCCGGCAACGCGGCCCGAGACAAUAAGAAGACACGCAUCAUCCCUCGCCAUUUGCAACUAGCCGUGAGAAAUGAUGAAGAGCUCAACAAGUUACUCGGGGGUGUCACAAUUGCCCAGGGCGGCGUCUUGCCCAAUAUCCAGGCAGUCUUGUUGCCCAAGAAAACGGAGAGUCACAAGCCUGGCAAGAAUAAGUAAUUAGGAGGCUUGACACCAACCCCAUUCACCCCA